CUGGCCCUGCGCCGCUCGGCGCCUCUCGCCUCGUCGGCGCGCGUCAUGCGCGUGGCGCCCGCUCAGACCGCCGUGGCCUGGUACUCGUCGGCGCCCGCGGACUUCGGCUCGGCCGCUGCGCUGGAGCUGGACGACGACGCUGAGGUCGAGGCCGACGCCGACGCCGAGCUGGAGUCGCUGGCCCCGCAGAAGGGAUUCGUGGACCAGAAGCCCAUCGAGGACUUCGCGCUGUCGCAGGAGACGCAGCGCAACCUGCUGCGCGCGGGCGUGACGCACCUCUUCCCGGUGCAGACGCAGUCGUUCGACGUCAUGAUGCGCGGCGCCGACAUCAUGGGCCGCUCCAAGACGGGCUCGGGCAAGACGCUGGCCUUCGCGCUGCCCAUCGUCGAGACCAUCCUGGCCAACCGCAAGAACACGCGCAACCCGCAGGCGCUCGUGCUGCUGCCCACGCGCGAGCUGGCGCAGCAGGUGCACGACGAGGUGCAGCGCGUGGCCCCGCAGUUGCGCACGGUCAACGUCGUGGGCGGCGUGUCCUACACGGUGCAGGAGAACCACCUGCGCCGCGGCGCCGACAUCCUCGUGGGCACGCCCGGCCGCAUCAUGGACCUCGUGGACAAGGGCUCGCUCUCGCUGGACGACGUGGACGUGGCCGUGCUGGACGAGGCCGACAUGAUGCUCAAGUUUGGCUUCCAGGAGGCGGUGGAGACCAUUCUGGGCUGGGUGCCCGAGGGCGGCCAGACCGUCAUGUGGUCGGCCACCUUCCCCAAGUGGGUGAGCUCCAUGGCCAAGAAGUUCCUCAAGGAACCCGUGUCCAUCGACCUCGUGGGCGACGAGGACAACCAGGUGCCCGCCACGGUGGCGCACAAGGCGAUCAACGCCCCCGUGCGCGACCGCAUCCAGGUGCUCGAGAACGUGCUGCGUCUGCACGCGCACGACGGACAGACCCUCGUGUUCACUGAGACCAAGCAGGAGGCCGACGAGAUCGCCAACUCGCUGCCCGGGCAGGACGCGCGCGCCCUGCACGGUGACCUCUCCCAGGGAAUGCGUACGUCCACGAUGAGCGGCUUCCGCAACGGCCACGUCAAGACGCUCGUGUGCACGGACAUUGCUGCGCGUGGCCUCGACAUCGCCAACGUUGAGCUCGUCGUGCAGUACCGCCUCCCGAGCGAUAAGGAGAGCUUCGUGCACCGCGCCGGCCGUACGGGUCGUGCCGGACGCUCGGGUACCAACAUUGUCUUCUUCGACGGCAGAGAUGCGAGCGACGUGCUCGACUUUGAGCGUCGCUACAAGUUCAAGUUUGCGCACGCGGCCCCGCCUCACCCCGAGCAGAUGAUCGAAGGCGCGCUGGAGGACGUCAACAAGCAGCUCACGUCGCUGCCCAAGGCGAACGCUCAGUUGUUCGAUGAAGCGGCCCAGGCCAUGAUCGAGCAGCAGGGACCAGGUGUGCUGAGCGCUGCUCUCGCUCUGCUGUGCGGCUUCGACUCGAAGAAGCUCACGACGCUGUCGAUGCUCACGGGACGCUUCCGCAUGCAGACCGUGCAGGUCGAAGGCGUGCAGAACGCGCGCGAAUUGAACCGCCUGCUGUCGUCGUUCAUGGACGACCGCGUGGACAUCUACCCAGUCGAUGGUGGCAAGCUCGUGUUUGACAUCCCGCAGGGCAAGCUGGAGAGCCUUCAGGAGCACCUGACCGCGUCGUCCGACGACGAAGUGACGGUGACCGCUGCCGUGGAGUUCCCGCGCCUGCUGAUGGACAGGGGCGGCCGCAACAACAACAACAACAACAACCGCUUCAACUCGCGCGGCGGACGCAACAGCAACUCGCGCGGCUUCUCCAACAACCGCUUCGGAGGCAACAGACGCGAGGGCGGCGGCAACUGGAAGCGCAACGACCGCAACGACGGCGGCUUCCGUCGCAACAACAACAACAAGAGUAAUUACGACUCGUCCUUCUCCAAGGGCCGCUCGAACAACUCCCGCGGCAACUUCGGCCGCUUCACCGACGGCUGGUAGAUCGAUCUUUCGCCGAUAGAUAGUUUGUAUGUACGCUAGAAG